GGUCGGCCUGAGCCGAGCAGCGCCGUAGCCGCUGCCGCCCGCGCUCCGUGUCGGCUGAGGGGAGCGCGAGGCCGCCGCCGCCCGCCCGCCGGCCGGUCAGUGGCGGAGCGCGGGAGCCCCAGGAGCCGCGGCCAGGUUGCAGGACCAGCACGGGCUUCUAAGAGUUGAAGAGAUCUCAAAGUGCUUUACAAAGAUUCCCACUGCUGUGAUCAAUUUAGAAGAGAGUCUCCCAACCACUGUUAACAAAUAGUAUCCAUCUUCUGUGAAUCGAUGUGGGAAUUCCCUUCUCACAAAUAGUUUUUCCUCUUCUACAUUUCUGAAUGGUUUAAUCCUCCUCAGGUCCAUAGAGACGUUAGCUAUCUUCCUUGCUCUCCAGAUAGAAGCCAUCUACGCCAGUCAAGAAACCAGCAAAAGUAUUUCACAAUGGAUAUAGAUGAUGAAGAAAAUAUGAGUUCAAGCAGCACUGAUGUUAAAGAAAACCGCAACAUGGACAACGUUCCACCUAAGGAUGGCAGUGUGCAAAAUACCGGGGAGGGGUCUCAACUCUCCAAUGGUGGUGGUAGCAGCAGCAGAAAACGCCCAUUGGAGGAGGGCAGCAAUGGACACUCCAAGUUCCGCCCUAAGAAGAGGAAGAAAACACCAGGGCCUGUUUUGCCAAAGAAUGCUCUGAUGCAACUGAAUGAAAUUAAGCCUGGUUUACAGUACAAGCUUCUAUCCCAAACAGGACCAGUUCAUGCCCCUAUUUUUGUGAUGGCAGUUGAAGUUAAUGGACAGGUGUUCGAGGGAUCUGGCCCUACAAAAAAGAAGGCAAAGCUUCAUGCUGCUGAAAAGGCUUUGAGAUCAUUUGUUCAAUUUCCAAAUGCAUCUGAAGCACAUCUAGCAAUGGGGAGAACACUGUCUGUAAACACAGACUUUACAUCUGACCAAGCAGACUUUCCAGACACACUUUUCAAUGGAUUUGAAACACCAGUUCAGACUGACAAUUCCUUUUAUUUGGGGUCCAAUGGAGAUGGAUCCUAUAGCUCCAGUAUAGACUACAGUCUGUCCUCAUCCACUGUUGCUGGUAGUCUUAUCCAAUCCCCUCUUCCCACACCAUCACCAUACCCAUCCACCAGUGGAAAGAACCCUGUGAUGAUUCUGAACGAGCUGCGGCCAGGGUUGAAGUAUGAGUUUCUCUCAGAAAGUGGAGAAAGCCAUGCUAAGAACUUUGUGAUGGCAGUGGCAGUGGAUGGUCAAACUUUUGAAGGAUCAGGAAGGAACAAAAAGCUUGCAAAGGCUCGAGCUGCUCAGUCAGCCCUUGCAUCCUUAUUUAACAUGCAGCUGGAUCAGACGCCAUCUCGCCAGCCCAUUCCCAGCGAGGGUCUCCAAUUACAUUUACCACAGGUUUUAGCUGAUGCUGUUGCACGCUUGGUUGUGGAUAAAUUCAGUGAUCUGACUGAUAAUUUCACAUCUCCCCAUGCACGUAGAAAAGUUCUUGCUGGAAUUGUCAUGACAACAGGUACAGAUGUGAAGGAUGCCCAGGUUAUAAGUGUUUCCACGGGGACAAAAUGCAUAAAUGGAGAAUACAUGAGUGACCGUGGUCUUGCAUUAAACGAUUGCCAUGCAGAAAUUAUAUCUCGCAGGUGCCUGCUUAAAUUUCUUUACACACAACUUGAGCUGUUUGUAAGUAAUAAAGAAGAUCAACAAAAAUCCAUCUUUAUCAAGUCUGAACGGGGCGGAUUUAAACUGAAAGAAAAUGUGCAAUUUCAUCUCUAUAUCAGCACCUCUCCAUGUGGAGAUGCUAGGAUUUUCUCACCACAUGAAGCAGCACAAGAGGAUCAGGGAGACAGACAUCCAAACCGUAAAGCAAGAGGACAGCUACGGACGAAAAUAGAAUCUGGAGAAGGGACAAUUCCAGUGCGAUCUACUACUACCAUCCAGACGUGGGAUGGAGUGUUACAGGGAGAGAGACUGCUUACUAUGUCUUGCAGUGACAAGAUAGCGAGGUGGAACGUGUUGGGUAUUCAAGGAUCCUUACUUAGCCUCUUUGUGGAGCCAAUUUACUUCUCUAGCAUCAUCUUGGGGAGUUUAUAUCAUGGGGACCAUCUAUCCAGAGCAGUAUACCAGCGGAUAGCAGAGAUAGAAGAUCUACCACCUCUGUAUACGCUCAACAGACCUUUACUUAGUGGUAUUAGCAAUGCAGAAGCCCGCCAGCCAGGAAAAGCACCUAAUUUCAGUGUAAACUGGACAGUAGGAGACACUGGUCUUGAAGUUAUUAAUGCCACAACUGGCAAGGAUGAGAUGGGUCGUGCAUCUCGCCUUUGUAAGCACGCUCUGUACAGUCGCUGGAUGCGUAUUCAUGCAAAGCUUUCCUCUAGCCUGCGCUCAAAGAUCCUCAAACCGAACCUGUACCAUGACACUAAGCAGGUGGCCACUAAGUAUCAAACUGCCAAAGAGUGUUUGUUUAAAGCGUUCCUGAAGGCAGGGCUUGGAGCCUGGGUGGAGAAACCAAUAGAGCAGGAUCAGUUUUCUCUCACUGUCUAAUUCAUGGACUGCACAUCACUUUGGAACUGGGGGUCAUUCUGGAAAUCCUGGCGUCCGGCAUCAUUUUCUGGCAUCAGCUGUCAAAGCAUCUUUUUGACACUUUGAAACUAACUAGCAAAUUUAUGUUAUGUUUUGCUCAAAUAUUGGAAGUCAAUGAUAAGUUGCUACAAUAAUUCUAUAUUUUGUUAUAAAAAUCAUUUUGGUUUACUUCUCUAGAAAAUCCUUUUACUGUAGAAAAAAAUUCAGUAAGGCUGUCUUUAACUGUACCAGAUGACUCAUAUUUUUCUGGGUUAGAAAUAAUUCCCUUUUUUAAUGCAAUAUAAGCAAGUGCAUGAAAACAUGUAGAUUGCAUUAGGUUUUACACUGCAUUUUUUUUAGUCCGUCGCUUAAUUUAAUCAAAAAAAAGCUACAAAGUUAAUUUCUGCUCUUCUGUUAGCUUGUUUUUUUUUUAAUUGCAGAGGUUUAAUUGCAGAGCAUAUAGGUGACAAAGCCAGAAUGGAUUUUGGACAGCUAGCUUUUCCCUUCUUCCUUGCUCUUUAAAACCAGCUGCUGAAAACUUUAUGUCUUUGAUGUAUGUAUUUAUUAGUCUGUGACCUAGUUUUUAACAUACAGCUUUUUAUUCUGUUUUUUAAAAUACCUUUACCUCCCAUUUACAUGCAUUGUAAAGUCAUCAUUUUGUACCACUGUAAACUGGAAACAAAAAAUAAGUAUUUGUAAGUUAAGAAAUUUAGUCUGUAGUGUACAAAACCUGUUUAGAAGUAUAUCCCAGGAACUCAUGCGAACACCACCAUAACAUUAACAGUAAUGUGGCAACUUCAAAAAAACAGUUGUUCAUUUUGGGGAAAUAAUUCUGAUUUGCCAAAAAUAACCAAUUCAUAAAAUAUUAAUUACAGGUUUUCUCAAAGAAAUUAGAGGCCUACUAAAGAUGAAAGAAUUGUUAAACUUCUUUCUUGUGGUCUUCAGAGACUUAACCACUGGACUGUUGUGUCCCCUGAAGAUUGUAUUGCCUGUAGCCUCACAUACAUGAUGAUCUAGAAAAGUCUUAAUUCUAAGUUUUGUUUGCUCUAGUAUAUAUUUAGAAUGGUAUUUUAUUCAUAAAAGCUCUUUUACGUUAAAAUUUUCACAUAUGCUAAAUGUAAAAAUGAAAAAUAGCAGGGAAAAUACUGCCAGGUCUGUUAAGUCAACGGGUGCAUAGACAGCACUUUUAGAACAAUUUGUAAGCAAGAUGGAAGUCAGACAAUGGAUUGGAGAAAUCCUCUUUUUCUCAGCAUACCAGGUAUAAUUCUCUAGUUACGUCCAAUAUGUCUAAGUACAUGAUGUGACCUGUGUGUAUCAAAUAUAUUGCGUGUAAAAAUUCUGAAAAACACCUCAAAGUAUUUUUAAGUCCUAUUUUUUAAAAAAAUAAAUUAAUAAUAGCAGUAACUAUCUCAGCACGGGGCAUUUCCUGGAGAGUAGUGGCUCCAUGGGUGUUGUGGAAAGUGAUGCAAAAACUCUUUCCAUCCAGUAAUCAAUGUGCUGGAAAUGCCCUGUCCUGCAAUCAUUAUUGCUCAAUUAUGAAUCAAAGUGAAAAAAAAUUAUCAAGACUAAAAGUUGCCUGAAUAUUGUACUAAACCUCCUAAUUAGAGACUUAGUAGCAAUACAUUAAUGUGUAAAAUAAACUCUGGUAGGCAAAAAACAUUCAGAAUGUGUAAAGGCAAAUAAUAUCCAUGCUAUUUCAAAAUACAAGAUUUACAUUGUAUCUGUCUUUGCAAAUGUCUUUGGCCCUGAACCUGCGAACACUUUUGCAGUUGCUUAAAGUUAAGCACAAGUAGACCCACAGAACUGCUCAUGUGCUCAAAAUGAAACGUGCAUAAAUUUUCAGGAUUGAAGCCAAAAUGUGGAGAACUGUAAAUUAGAGCAACUUGUGAAUUUUCUAGCUGGUCUAACCAUGUGGAUUUUCUUUAAAUUAGUCUUACUAUUAAAUGAAAUCUCUGUUUUUAAGGGACUCUGUCUCCUGAUGAUUUCACUUUGGAAUCUUUAUCUAUUUUUACCAAUCUUUUUAAAUUUCUCAUUCAGAUUCAUUCAGAGCUUUCUUCAGAUUUUAUUUUGAAGUUCAGGCAGUUAUUAGAUGAGAUUAUUUUUUCAUUGAUGAAGUCCUGAAUGUGAGUAAUAUAUUUAAGUAUUAUUAUAGGCAUAAAUUUUAAGACAUUCAAAUUUACUAUGAAUAUAUGGAAACUAUAAGUGAAAGUUCCAUGCAGAAUUCUUUUUGAUAAAAGAGCAGCAUUUGAUUGAUAUGAGGAAUGAGUUCUCAUUCAUUAUAGUUUCCAAAUGUUUUCAAAAAUGUUUUCCAGAAUCAUGUGCAAUCCAUAUCUGUCAUCUGGGAGCCAAUGGCUUUCCACACACCUGCUUAUUCAUUUUUGUUCAGUAAUAUGUGAAAAUCAGAAGUUGUAGGGGGGGAAAGUGUUCCUCUAAAAGAUUUGUUUGAGAUUGUUAUAUUCAGCUAAAUUCUGCCAUGUCCCUUUUUUAUUAUUCUGUGCCCCUUUGUAUUCUUUGUAAUAUUUCUAUAUUCUUUACAGAUCACCAUCAUCGAGCAUGGAUGGCUUUUUAAGCAUUUAACUUUAAAGGCAACAUGGCUGCCAACAGCUGUUGAAAUUUGGGGUUGACCUUUCUCUAUCAAGCAUUUAGCUUGGCAUUUAUUUUAAAAGGUUGGAUGGUCUUUUUGAAUAUCUUCAUUGUGCGAUUUAGUAUGUAAUGGUGGUGGUGGCUAAUCUUAGCAAGGAUUUGUUAUUCUAUCCUGGGAGUUCUUGGGUUUUUUUAGGUUGAUAUAAGUGUAUAUCUCAGGUUCAUCACAAAAUUUAAAUGAGUAACAACUUUAAAGUUAAUAAAUACUUGAAGAAAUAUAAUUUAAGAUGUUUUUCCAAAUUACAUUCUAGCUACAAUAAAAGAUAAUAGGUUAGUAACAUAGAACACUGUAAAUGUAGGGAUUUUUAAAAUAUAUAUAUAUUCUGUAGGGGUGUAGAAAGGAACUUGGACCCGGAGGUGAAACUUGAAACAUUUGAUUAUGUCCGUGCUCAGGAUUUAAUACCCGAUAGAACAUUUCCUGUCACUUGCUGAUGAUGAAUCAUACUAUACAGAGUUCUUUAAGUUAAAAACUCUCUUCACAUUAAUAUGCUAGCUCUUUCCUAUCCCCCACAAAGCUCCCAACCCUUUAGUGUAGUUAGUGAUAGUUAAAUAGUGUGCAACUUAGACAUGUACAACAAUGGGCUCCCUGCACAGGGGACAGUUUUAGUAUCUUCCUCAUGCUAGAUAGUACAAACACACUAUUAUAGGGUAGAAACUAAUUCAUGGGGUAGCAGCAGAUCUUUAUAUGGUGCCUCUCCUGUGUCAUCAUUAAAACCUAAAACAGCUCACGACUGAAAUUUCAGGCACCGUAGAGCUGCAUCACUGGUGUUUUGUUUACCAGUAUGCAUCUCGGAUUUUAAGUAUUUUAACCACCUAGAAAUAUAAACAAUCUUCCAACUGGAUACCUUGUAUAUACAAAUUAUAAUGCUUUCUGCUGGCGAGGGAGUAAAAUUAUUAGUUGUAGGCUGCUGAUCCCAGCUAACACAGUGUUGUGCACUCAAUUUGCAUGUCUGUAAUGGAAGAGUAAAGGUGACAUCAUGAAAACUGUUUUCUUUCCCAUCUCUCCCAAAGACAAAUUAUUUUUCACAGGGAGAAAGACUUGAGUCUUGGGACAUUUUGAGUUGAGGUUGCUACAUAACUGAAGUGGAACUAACCUUCUUUUUUUUUUUUUAAUAACAUGCUGACGGCUCUCCAUACACUGAAAAUUAUCCGUUUGCCUUUUGCCAAAGCAAGCUUUUUCACUCCGAGGGGAUACUUUCAAGUCUUUGCAUUUUUAUCAUAAUAGAGUGUCUGUUAUAAAAACCAUCCUGAAGUUUUUUGAACGGGAAGGUGAGCUGUGAUUCAGAUAUGUGAUGGGAAACAAAAUGUUUAAAGUUAUUUAAAACAUAAAAGUGAGCCCACAGAAAUAAAAUGUAUACAAAAUGUAUAAAAUAUAUUA